AGAAAAAAAGUUAAUUGAUUACAAAAUACAUGGAAAGUUGACUUUCACACAUUAAUCCAUGACAUGAAACAAAAUUUCACAUUUUCGAUUGAGGAAAAGGAAAACUGAAUGUGUUUUUGUUUAAAUUAGUAGUUGAACUUUUCUUUUUUAAUGAAAGCAAGGUUUUAAUGAGUUUUGUCUGACAAGUUUUUCUUAAGAAAACCUGCUUCUUAUUUUUGACCGCCGCCAGUAGAGGGCGAAAUACUUUAAACUAGCAGAAAAAUAAAAAGGAAAAGAAGAAUCCCGGAAGUGUUUAGGAUGUAAACAUUGCGGUCAUGAUCUUAGCAACUUGACCGCUACAUUAUUCAAUUUAAAGUCAAGCUUUUGUUACGCAAAUUAGCAUUAACCUUCCUAUUUGUUUUAACUUACAACCGUUUUUUAGAGAUUUUACUUUGGGUCCCCUUGACAACAGAGUCACCGAGAGCAGAGAGGUUCGGAUCUCUCACCUGUCUGCGGGCACCAUGCCGUAUCUGGGCGGAGAAGAGACCGUAAGGGAGCUGAAGAGAGCUCUAUCUAACCCCAAUGUCCAGUCUGAGCCGCUGCGGUACAGGAACACCGUCCUCAGAGUCGUCAGAGCGAUGUCUCAGGGUGUGAACGUGUCAGGCCUCUUCAGUGAGAUGGUAAAGGCUUGUGCCACGGUCGAUGUUGUCCAGAAGAAGCUCGUCUACAUGUUUCUGUGCUCCUACGCCUCUUUGAACCCCGAGCUUUCUCUGCUGGUGAUCAACACUCUGAGGAAGGACUGCCAGGAUCCCAACCCCAUGGUCCGCAGCCUGGCCUUGAGGAAUAUGUCCAACCUCCGGUUGCCCAGCCUGGUGGAGUACGUGGAGCAGCCUCUGACUGCAGGACUGAGAGACAGAGCAGCCUGUGUGCGGCGGGUGGCUGUGCUGGGGUGGGCCAAGCUGUACAACCUGCAGUCUGGCUCUGACAUUGAUGCUGCUGUGGUGAACGAGCUCUACAGCCUCCUGAGGGACCCAGACCCUGUGGUGAUGGUCAACUGCCUCCGAGCUCUGGAUGAGAUCCUGAAGGAGGAAGGGGGGGUCGUUAUCAACAAGCCCAUCACCCAUCACCUCCUCAACAGAAUGAAGGAGUGUGACGUCUGGGGUCAAUGUGAGGUGCUGAGGGUCCUCCAGCGCUACCGGCCUCAGUCAGACGACGAACUUUUCGACAUCCUGUCCCUGCUGGACGCCUCCCUGGUCAGCCCCCACCCUCCGGUCAUGGCUGCCACCCUCAGCCUCUUCCUUAGCCUCUGCGCUGACCUCCCUGCUGUGAGCCUGGCGGCCCUCGAGCGAGUGUCCGGCCCCCUGCUGGCCGCCUGUGGGAGCGGCUCCAGGGAGAUGAGGUUCACGGCCCUCUGCCACAUACAGCUGCUGAUGCGUUCUGUUCCCGGCCUGAUGGGGCCACAUUUCAAGCGUUUCUUCUGUGGCUACGCCGAACCAGCCUACAUCAAACAAAGAAAGAUGCAGAUAAUGGUGGAACUGGUAAACGAUGAGAACGUUUCCAUGUUACUGGAUGAACUGAAGGGAUAUUGCACGGAUGUCAACACCGAUACGGCCCAGGCUGCCAUCCAAGCCAUAGGUCACAUUGGACGCAGCUACAGCGACAGAUGUCUGGAGAUCCUCACUGGUCUGCUCGGCCUCAAACAGGACCACAUCACCUCUGCGGUGGUGCAGACGUUGCGUGACCUGGUGUGGGUGUGUCCUCAGUGUAGCGACACCGUCUGCAGCGCUUUGGAGGGCUGUGAGGAAACGCUGCAGGACAGUCAGGGCAGGCAGGCCUUGUUGUGGCUUCUGGGUGUGUACGGAGAUGGGGUUUCCAGCGCCCCCUACACUUUAGAAGCAUUCAUUGACGGAGUGAGGAGUGAAGUCUCUUUGGGAGUAAAGAUGGAGCUUCUGACGGCCACCAUGAGGCUGUUUCUGACCCGGCCUGCAGAGACCCAAGACAUGCUAGGAAGACUGCUGCACUAUUGUAUAGAGGAGGAGACGGACAUGUGUGUGAGAGACCUGGGGCUUCUCUACUACCACCUGCUGAAAUGCGGGGUAGAAGAAACACGGAAUGUCCUCCAGGGCAGGAGGUCGGACCCUUCUUUGGGCGUUCUGAUUGGUCGCCCAGCGGAGCCCAUCAGCCAGUGGGCGUGUAGCUUCAACACCCUGGAGCCGCUGAAGAAGGGUGGCACCGUGACACAAACAGCCAGCAGGGGGAGCCCUGAACAUGAAGCCUCAAAACCCAAGACUGCCGUGGAGCUUCCUGAAACUCUGGACUGCAGCCACAUCCACACUGAUCCUCCUGAUUCAGCGAGUACAGGUCAACGCUCAGACUCGGCGGCAGAACUCCCUGCGGCCUCGCUCACUUUGUCGCUGUCGCCGACCCUCAGCCCGGAGGAGUUUGAGCGCCGCUGGCUGCAGCGAUGCAGCCUGCGGUCAGAAGAAGCUGCUGAAGAAAGCAAUGACUUCCUGCAGACAGAAGACCGGAUCUACUGCUCCGCUGUGCUUCAACGUUCUCCACAAACCCUCCAGGCUGCCAUGCAGCUGGUCAACAUCCAGACUCUGGCCUUCACGCCGCCGAGCACGCUUCCUUGGAGGGUCUUCUUUUACACACACACUGCUGGCACACCUGCCAGCACACUUAUACUGGGAGAGCUGCUGUAUGCCGGAGAGGCAGAUCCCACACCGAAAGAUGAGGAAGAGGAGGAGAGGAAGGCGGAUGGGGAAGCAGCAGCUGAAGAGCUUACAGGGAGAGAAGACAGACAGGUGGAGGUGAAAGUGACUCUGAAGCAGCAGCCAAAGGAUGAGGAAGCUGUGAGAGCAUUCCUGUCAGUUCUGAGCACUGUAUUGCACACUCUGUCCUCAGAAAGACAUGACGAACAUGCAGCCACACACGUGUAACUCACGCCUCGUGUAAGGUUUGAUCCCACGUUCCAAACCAACCUGUAACUGAUCAGCCUGAAGCCCCGAAAAACAAACUGAAACGUUCUCAUUCUGAAAUAUUAGUUAUUGCAGUUGAACAAGAGGAAAUGAUUGGAUGAUUAAAGACAUGGGAGGCGGGCAGAGAUUACUUAAGAGGUAACCAGAUUAUCUGCUCAAUGGAUCUGAGUUUAAAUGCAAAAAUAAUAAAUUAGUUAAAAAAAAUAAUGAAACAACCAACAUAUUUAAGUGUAACUUUAUUUAAAGACCAUUUUCCUGUUGCAGAACACAUGAAAAUAUAAUUGUAGAAAUAACAGUACAAAUAACAGUAAUAAACAUAAAAAAACAACACAUAAAUAUUAUUCAAAUCAAUUAAAACCAUUGUCUGUAUAAGAAAACUGGACUAACUAUUAACUAACUGUUCCCCUCACGUUUUAAACAGGAAGUACCCGCUGGUUCCAAGAAGCCAAAAUCCUAUGGACCUCUAUAGAGAGCUAAACAGCUGUUACUAUUUUUGAUCUGAUACUUUUUUAAAACAUGUUCUUGAUAACCUGUUUUUUCAUGUUUUUUUCUGUAGUGUAAAUUAUUCAAGUUACAAACUGACCAAUCAGAUGCCUCAAUAAAAGCAUGCGGUGCACCUCAAUGUUUGAUUGACAGAUUCUCCUGAGCCCGCUUUCACGGGUGACGUCACACUCGCUCAGUCCAUUUCUCUUUAACAGUCCAUGAUUAAAACCAAAGAAAGUGUGAAAGUUACUUAACAGUAAAGCUUAAAUGAUGUGUUUUGGGUUUUUUGUUGAAGACCUCCAUGGUAGACGAGGCCCUGAUUGCUUCUUGCCUCAGGUCGUUGCCAUGGGUUUCCUCUCUGACCCCGGAAACCUCCAACAGACCUUCACCUAAGGACCUGAAGGAUCAUCUGAAAGCAUUUCGGAUUAGAAAGAAGUCUAUAUCUCUAAGCAGAGAUCUAUACAGACUACAAAGUAAAUGCAAAUAAUAAAAAAGCCUAAAGCUGAUUCAAACAAUCAUAAAAAAAAAUCUAAAUUUGCCAUCUGAAAAGUAGCUGAAUAACUGUAAACAAAUUUUCAUAUGUAGCUGAAAAUAAAUAUUUACAUUUUAGGGGGAAAAAAGAUGUUAAAUUACUGGUACUUGAAGAAAAUGCUCACCAACCAUAGAAAUCUAAAUGGUGUUUAACAACAUUAAAGGGUAUGUUGGAAAACUAAAUUACCUCAAAUAUUGUUCCUCAAACAGCUACUUUUAUCUCCCAAUAGAUCCAGAAUACUGGAACUACAAUAGUUUACUUAUUUUCAAAUACAACUUUUACCUUCAUGAUUCACUCAACAAACAUUUGAACCUCUGCCCCCCCACCCCCACCAAUUCUGGCCUCAAUCCGCCUCUCAUCCAAGCUGCUGUCCUGCAGUAUUGUUCUAAAAGCCUGUUUAAUGCAUGAAUUACUGUAAGAGUGUUUCUCAGAGGGAUUAUUUCCAACUGUUUGUGGCUAAAGAGCAGACAAGUGAAGUGUAAGCUCGUCUAUCCGCUAGCCAUACCUGCUUCAUCCUGUUCGGGGUCAGAAAGACGAUUAAUAUGGUUCAGAGGGACGCCUGCAGAUGCUUUGGACCAUCACACGUCACUGAAAUAUCAUCCAGUUCUUUGGAAGUUACUGCAACUCGUGUAAAAAAGAUCCAAACAGGAAGGUUUUCCGUCAAAUGUUAUGUUGUAAACAUAUUUUCACAUGUUUGAAAGAGAAUACUUCCAAGCACAAAUGACAUUUUAGGACGUGUGUGGUGCUGUUGUUUCUUUUUUGUUGUUGAAAUGUUGAAAUACUUGUUGAGGAUAAACUGCUAGUUUCUGUGAAAUAACUUAAAGAAAUGUGAACUAUACAUUUUGGAGGUCUGCAUUAAAGUCAUUUUCUUUAAGAAUGC